AUGAGCAGCGAAGUUACCAUCACCCUAUUGCCCGUCUCCCUCUCUCUCGUCCAUAUCCCGCGUUCUCGGGUCUCGCAUGUCUCCCACCCAAUUCUCAGACAAAUCCUUCAUCCUAAUCCCGGGUUCCUCAACAUUACAUGCAAUGACAUCGAACUUAGUAUCUUUGCGGAGGACCAUAUGCUCGAGGACUUUGAGCCACUUGCACGGAAGGAUCGACGUCGACAACGGUCACGGUCAGGUUCGAAUCAGUCAAAAAAUGGGCUCGAGUUCCAGCCGGUGGAGGUUUCGUAUGAGCGAUGGAGUGUCCUUCAAAUAGAUUCGCACAACAAUUCAGGGGCGAGAGUGCACGAAUUGUCUGCUCCAUUAGCGGCUGCGGGCAUUUCCAUCCUUUACCAGUCCUCCUAUAUGAGUGACUUCAUCUUCGUGAAAGAAGCCCGCAUUCAAGAUGUCUUGAACCUCUUCUCCAAAGCAGGUUUCGACCUGUACUCGUCAGACAGCGGGCUGCUGAAUUCAGCACCCCUCUCACGACCUGACAGCCCUUCGAGCGACACGCUUCCCCCCUUGUUCGAUAACACGCAUCUCGUGUCCGCGGUGUUGACAAGGUCUGCCAGUGCCAAGGACGUUUCAGUUCCUCGGUCAGAGGCGGACAGCAUGACGCCAACUUCCCGGAACAAGUCACAUUCCCCCACCUUGAGCGAGGUUCGCAUCUUGGAACCUGACCUGGCUUGUGUUGGAUUGUCAGACGAGUUCGGGGUCGACCAUUGGGGCUUGAAAAUCGUCAAGCUCGUAGCCUUCCCCGACCUGAUCCCAUCGACCUCGCGUCGAAGCUCUCAAAACUCGUCGGUGACCGAUUGCUCCUCACAAUCUGCACCCCAUUCGUCUCUUUACGGUUCCCUUGAAUAUAUCAAAAUGGAUAGGCCUUUCACACCGUCCUCAUCUUUUCCCUCUGAGAGUGACGACGACGGAUACUAUUCUCAUUCUCCCCCGAACGCUUCUCCCGUCUCGAUGACCCCCGCUGGUUCUCGAUCACAGGCAGACCUUCACGGUUCCACUUUAUUGCAUUCACCUCUUCAGACUCCUUCCCGCCACCACAUCUCUCCCUAUGGGCAACCUUUCACGACCCCCUCCACUGGUAGGCGAUCUAGUCCGACACGGCAACCACCCCCCCAACCUACUCCGCUGUCCUUCUUUAGUUUCACCAGAACACCGGAAGGCUCUUCUUUGACUGCCGACGUCCGUGUCCUGGCUACCUUGUUCCCGCCUCACGAGCGACACAUGGUGAUCUGCGGCGGAGAACUAGAUGCAGCUGACGAAAGACUGGGCGGAUAUGCGUCGGACGAUGAAGAGGGCGAGCCAGAUCCCUACAGUUCCUCCACACAAAAAUGUUUACAAAUUGACCUCCGUCGAUUUGGUCUAGGUUCGUAA